AUGUUUAUUAAUUGUAAAAAUCUCUCAAAAGUGACACUUCCAGACAGUGUUACCAAAAUAGAUAAUUUUGCGUUUGAUCAUUGUGGAUUUGACAAAGUCUUUUUCCCAAAUAAUUUGAAGGAAUUCGGUGAACAUGUCUUUUCAGACAACAUCAAUAUCACUGAACUGAUGUGGGAUCAGAAAUUCACACGAAUUCCAGACCGUAUUGUCUAUGGGUGUGUUAACAUCUCAAGAAUAGAAAUACCAACUACUGUCACUUCAAUCGGCGAAUUUGCGUUCAAUGAAUGCAAAUCACUUGAAACGCUUGUCAUUCCAGAUUCGGUUGUUGAGUUUGGUAUGUUUGUUUGUCAAGAUUGCGAGAAAUUGAGAAGCGUCACACUUCCAGCCGGCAUCACUGCUGUUCCACAGGGUCUCUUUUCGCGUUGUGGAAAUUUGAGCGAAAUCAAAAACAUGGAGAAUGUCACAGAAGUCGGUCGAGAAGCUUUCAAAGGUACAAAGAAACUCUUUACACGUGGCAUCCCACAAAACUUGAAGAAAAUAGGCAUCAGAGCAUUUUCAGACUGUGACAUUGAAGAGUUGGUAAUACCAAACUCAGAGAUGGAUGAAGGUGCUUUUGUUCAAAACAACAAAUUAACGAAAGUUGUCAUUACAGAAGGCGUGAAAACACUUCCACAACGCUGUUUUGCUGAAUGCCCAAAUCUGAAGGUUGUUGUGAUACCAAACAGUGUUGAACUGAUUGAAUAUGAAUGUUUCAGUGGUUGUGCCAGUCUUGAAGAAAUCACCAUCCCAAAGAGUGUCAAAACAAUAGAAGGGUACUCCUUCAAUCAUUGCACUCAAUUGAGAAAGGUGGACAUUGACAAAUCGUUGGUGUGUGGAAGAGAUGUGUUUCUUGAUUGUCCAAAUCUUGUGAAAUUCAAUGUUAUUGAAAAUGUGAAUCAGUUUACUGGGACUGUUGCUGUCAUUUCCGCUACAAUUGUUGCAAUAGAAGACGGCGCAUUUGAAAACAACGACAAAUUAGAAGAAGUGGUCAUGCCAGACACCAUCAAUUAUGUGGGAGGAAAGUGCUUUAAGAACUGCACUAAAUUGAGUAAAGUUGUUCUUUCCAAAAAUGUUGAUAUUUUGAAUAACGAGGCAUUUGCUGGGUGUGUCAGUCUCAAGGAAAUUGUCCUUCCAAACAAUUUGUGCAUCAUCAAGAAAUCUGUUUUUAGUGGGUGCAAAAACCUCACCAAAAUUGUGAUUCCAGAAAACGUCGAGCUUAUUAAAAAACGCGCUUUUGAGAAUUGUGAAAAACUUGAAGUUGUUGUUUUUCCAAACAAAUUGGGACAGCUUGAAGAAUCGGUCUUUGCUAACUGCAAAAGUCUGAAAGAAGUCGUCUUCCCAGAACAACUUGGACUUGUUGGGAAUAGGUGUUUCCAAAAUUGCGAAAAACUCGAUAAACUUGUGUUAAAUGAACACAUGAAUUUGAUUGGAAAUCUUGUGUUUGGUGUUUGUGUAAGUCUCAAAGAGGUUUCAUAUUCAUAUCCAUUUGUUACAUUUAGAUGCUUUGACGGGUGUAUAAACCUCGAGAAUGUCAAAUUGGGAAAUAAAGUAUUUCAAAUAGAUAAAUGGGCUUUUAGAAAUUGCAAAGCGUUGAAAGAAAUUACUCUACCUGAAAGUUUGAAAAGUGUCAACGAGAAAAAGGCUUUUGAAGGGUGUGACAAUUUGAAAAAGGUUAUCUACCCAGAGACCUAUAAAAGGAAAACAAAGUAA